CCACAAAAUCAUAUGUUUGGGUUGCGCUUUUAUUCUGGGUCAUAGCAAUGCUUGCUUCUGUUUCUGCACAUGUUGGGUAUGGGGUCGAAGGAUAUUUACCACCAAAAGAAAAGACGGAACAUGGAAAACCCAUGAUACCAAAUCAGGAGGGAUAUGAGCACCCAAAUAACUUAGCUGUUCAAGGCCUUAUUUACUGUAAAUCUGGUUCCAAGUUCAUCCCACUUAAAGGAGCCACGGCAAGAGUGAGUUGUGUAGCCGUGCACAAGAAUGGACAAGAAUCAGCACCAUUUUCCUUCUUGAGUUAUCCAACAGACAAAAACGGUUACUUCUUGGCCAAAAUAUCACCAUCCAAACUCYAUUUAUGGAAGCUAACAGAGUGCAAGGCUUUUCUUGAGAACUCCCCAUGGAGCAAAUGUAGACUUCCACAAGAUACGAAUGGAGGAAUUACUGGUGCUCUUCUUACGUCUUCYCGUCUCCUUAAAGGAUAUCAUUUGUCGUCUGUAGGCCCUUUUAUAUAUACUUCAGGCCCGCCUCAAGAAGGUUAUUGAUCCAAUACUAUGUAAUUUUUAUUUGAUGCAAAAUUGUUUGUUGAUUGAUUUAUCCAAGUUUGUUGUUAUGUUUGGUGAAGAGAUGAUAAUAACAACUUUUGUCUCUUUUAA